CUGUGGCUAGUACGACUCUGUUGGUGAAUUUAUUGUGAUAACAUUAUAUCCACGAUGUGUUAAUUUAUCGGCAUAAUAUCUUGUUAGUUUUCACUUGUAACAUUACGUGACUUGUAGAUCAUUAACCGAGCUAGCUAGCUUCCCCUACUUAGCAGUGAAAGGUACCAGCAGCUGUUACCUAGCAGCCAAAGCGUUUCAUCAUGGAAGCCGCCGGAUACCUGUUUCUGUCUUCUACUCUAACCAGCCAUAGUUAAGGCUUGGUAGAUUAAAUGCCACUCUACACUGCACAACUGGUUACAGCCUCACAAACACGCGAGAGACAAGAUGUCUGUUGCUCUCGAAUGGGAUAAAGUGAGCAGAAUAGAUCCAGAUGCUCUCCAGGAGUUUGAAAAACCCAAAGUGGACGAGGUCUUCACUAUGUUCGUUUCGACUGAAGAUUGGAAGGUGAAGGAUAAAACCCCAGAGAAAAUUAUACAAGUCCUCAGACUGUGUCAGGCUCUGCUAAAGUUUAAGGACAGGGAGGUUGAUAUUUCUCAUAAAUUCAUUGAAGACAUGGGUGAAGAGCAUGCUAAAACUGAAAAAGAACUACAUGCCAAGGUGAAGAGGCUGGAACAAGAACGCAAGCACACCGGCACAGGCCCAGACUCUCGCUUCCUGAGGGAUGAGAUUCGGCAGCUUGAAACCCAACUGGAGCAGAGGGAAAAGGAGGUGACCCAGUUGAAUAAAGAAAUGGGCAAGGAGAAGAAAACAAAUGAGGAGUUGGCUGCACGAGCAGAGGAGGCUGAAGCUCAAGUUCGCAAACUGAAAAGAGAGAUAAAGAGCCUUAAGAGGGAGAAUGAGCAGCUUAAUCAGGAUGUCAGCUUCUAUCGAUCAGAGCUGGACCAGAAGGAGCCGGCCCCUUCUCGAGAAGAAAAUGCAGAGACCCUCAGGAAGCUCAACGCAGCCCAUCGUGAGAUCUGCCAGUAUAUAGAAGACCUUCAGCGAGCUGAGGAUGAAGUAUUAUACCUGAGGACACAGAAUGAGCAGAUGCAGAAAAGUCUGGAGGAGUCGGUGAAGGAGAUGGAGAAGAUGACAGAUGAGUACAACAAGAUGAAGAUUGUUGUACAGCAGACUGACUCCAUCAUGGACCAGCUCAGAAAAGAGAGAGACCAUGCAAAGCUGCAAGUCAGAGAGCUGUCAGAAAAGAUUCAAGGCAUGACAGACGACAAUGAUCCGAUCAUGGCAGCGGUCAACGCCAAAGUAGAGGAGUGGAAGAGAGUCCUCUCUGGGAAAGAUGAUGACAUUCUGGUGUACCAGCAGAUGAUUCGCGAUCUGAGGGAAAAACUGCGUUCGGCUCAGAUGGACUUGGACAAAACCAACAUAAUUGCCUUACAGCAGGUCAUAUAUGAACUCUGUGCUGCCGUCCAGGACAGAGAUAAUCAAAUCAAGAUGCUGAGUGAGCAGGUGGAGGAAUAUACGAGUGAAAUGGAGAAGCACACUCAACUCAUUGAGGAGCUAAGGACAUCUUCAAAGACUGACAGAGGUCUUCCAUCAGUCAUCCAGCAGAGAAAGAUGGAAGAGCUGAAGUCCAAGCUGGAAGCUGCAGAGACUAGAGCGAUGGAAGCAGAGCAGGCCUGGAAGCUGGCUGAAGAUCACGCUGAGGAAAAAGACAAAGCACUCAUUGAGGCAUCAAACCGUUUAAGCCAGUAUGAGGCUGGGACUUACGGAUUGGAAGAAGCUAUUGCGGAGAUCAAAGAGUGUAAAAAUGAAAUUAAACUGAGAGAUUGCGAAGCAGAGGCCAUGACCAAAGAGAUCAACCAGCUCGAGAUGAGAAUCAGUGACCUCAUGGAUGAAAACGAGGAUUUCAGAGAAAAACUAGGUCUGGAACCAAAGCAGGAAGUGGAUUUGACGGAAUUCAGGCGAGUCAACAACCUGAGACAACGCCAAUACAAAGCUGAAAACCAGGUCCUCACAAAAGAGAUCGAACGGCUGGAAGAGGAAAGACUAGACCUGAAGAAACAAAUCAGACGCCUGGUGAAGGAACGAGGAAAUCCACAGUCCAGCUCAUUGGAUGCAGACAUCAGGCCCAGCAGAACGUUGCGGCAGCCUCUCAGUCACAGCAGCAUCUACGCAGAUGAAGAGAUCAGGCGCAAGAAUGAGUAUCUAGAAAAACAACUGAGCAACAAGGAGAGAGAGCUGGAGCUUCACAGGACCCAGUUUCAGGUUAAAUUGGAAGAAUUGUCAAAAGUUAAGGAGGACAUGGAGGCAGUGCUGAGGGACGUCCUCCAGGUGAUGAGGAGUAGUCAAGAUUCUGCUCCAUCUGAAACUCUGCUCAAUAUUCCUGGUCUGGAAAAGUUUAUUAAUGCUGCAGAUAUCACAAACACUAGUGGACAGUCCAACUCUGCUGCGUACCUCUCAUCCCACAUCCAUCAGCUGGUGGGCCGAAAUGAAGAGCUCAGACAGGAACUGAAGGUGGCACGUGAGGAAGUGACCAGCAGCUUCACUCAGCUCACCAAAUCUAAAGAUAAAGUGAGCCAGCUGGAAGGCGAGUUGGAGCUUCUCAAGAAAUCAGGCAGCAGUGGAUUCGUCCUGCGACCUCUGACCCUUCCCGAAAGUCUGGGGCCCAGCAGCACUGAGGUCAUCAGUUCCCUGAACGAGUACACAGCCAGACUUCUUCAGGAGCUCACAAACAAGGAGGAAGCAAUCAGAAAACUUACCGAGAUGUUAGAGCGAUACAAAGAGAAGUUUGGUGUUAUUAGCCACCAGCAGGGACUCCUCUAUAAGGAAUACCUCAGCGAGAAGGCAGUGUGGCAGAACGAGAAGGAGACAUUCACAGACAUGAAGAACAAACUGGAGGAGCAGCAGCAGGUGGAUGCUGUGAAAGUCCAACAGUUCAAAGAGCUGCUGAACACCCUUCAGAAGGACCCGGAUGAAAUCAAGAGGCAGCUGAGUGAAGCAUUUCGCAAGAUGACUGUGCUGAAGGUUAAUGAAAAGAAACUGACUCGGCGUUACACCACCCUGCUGGAGCAGGAGCAGCACCUCUACAAAGAAAACAGCAAACUGAGGGAUGAGAGCAGCCUCAUGCAGGCCUCUGUCACUCAGAGAAUAGGUUACCUGCAGAGAUACAAGGAAAUGGCUGCCUAUAAGAUUGCAGCUCUGCAGAAGGCAUUGGACAACAGCGUCCCCUUGUCUGACCUGGAGAGGGCCAACAAACAGUACACAGACCUGACAGUCAAAUACAGGGACACACUACAGCGGGACAGCCGCCUUGUACAGAGAACAACCAAACUGGAACAUUUGGAGAAUGAGAACGACUCUCUGCGGGAGCAAAUGUCUACCAUAAAUAAAGUGCUGGAGAUCACAAAGGAGAAACUCCAUACUUUGGAGCAAGCAUGGCAGAACGGUGCAGUCGGGGGUGAAAACAGUAUGGACAAGGCAGAGAAGGCUUUUGCUAACAAUGAAAUGGUGUCUGCUGCCAGACGGAUCACCACUUUGGAGAUGAAAGAGCUCAAUGAACGGCAGAGAGCAGAGCACGCCCACAAAAUGUAUGAACACAUGAAGAACUCUCUGAUGCAAGUCGAAGAGCGCAAUGUUGAACUGGAGUCCAAGUUUGCAGAGCUGACCAAGAUGAAUACAGAGGCUCAAAGGGUGGAGAGGGAGCUGAGAGAUGAGCUGGCAGACAGUGUCAGCAAAGCCGUGAGUGACGCUGACCGAGCCACAAUCGCAGAGUUGGAGAAGACAGAGGCAGAGCUUCGCGCUGAGGUUUCAAAGCUUCAGGAGGUGUGUGAUGUGGCCGUGAUGCAGGCCUCUGCUCUGCAGACCAGACAACAGUCCAAAGACAAGGAAGUAGAAACUUUAAAGAGGCAAAUCCUAGACUACCAGUCGCAGUCAGAUGAGAAAGCCCUCAUAGCAAAGCUCCACCAGCACAUCAUUGCUCUGCAGCUCAGUGAAGCUGCUGCUCUGGAGAAGCUGCAGGCCACCACCUCCACCAUCCAGCAGCUGGAGGCCUACAAGCUGCGAGCCGAACAGCGCCUGGAUGCCAGUGAGCGUGCUCUGUUCCUCGCCCGCCAGGAGGGCAGAAAUCGUUCUAAGCACCUGCGGCAGACAAUUCAGUCGCUCCGCAGGCAGUUUGCCGGAGCUCUGCCCCUUCAGCAGCAGGAAAAAUUUUCUGUGACCUUGGUGAGCCUCCAGGAAGACAGGGCAAAAGCCCAGGAGGAGAUGAGGAAGGCUGAGAAGGAGAGGAGGAAGGCAGAUGGCAGGGCAGAAGAGCUGGAGGUGAGGCUGAAAGGGCUGGAGGAACUCAUAUCAACGUUGAAGGAUGUGAAAGGGGCCCAGAAGGUGACUGAGUGGCACAAGAAAAUGGAAGAAGCUCGUCUGCAGGAGCUGAGGAAAGGCAGAGAGCUGGUGGUCCAGAAAGAGGAGAUCAGGUAUCUGAAGAACCUGGUGGAGGAACAGGAGAAAACCAUCCGCUUGCUGGAAGAGGAUAUUGUGCAACAAAAUACAAUUCAAGAAGAACGUCAGUUGGUGUGGGAUCAGAGAGAAGUGGAGCUGGAGCGACAGUUGGAUCACUAUGAGAAGCACCAGAAUGAGAUCCUGAGCAGUGCUGAAAAGUUCGAACAUGCCGCAGGAUCCCUACCAGACCCAAUUCUGCCUCUGCCUCAUCAGUUAGAGUUUGCAUUGGGAAAAAUCAAAGAGCAUGUCCGCACCAUCAUGGACACACAAGCCACCUGCAAAAGCUUAGAUGAGAAGCUGAAAGAGAAAGAAGCAGCUCUAUGGAAGGCAGAGCAGAACAUUGUGUCCAGAGAUAAAGUGAUCAAUGAGCUUCGUCUUCGCCUCCCAGCUGCUGCCAACAGAGAGCGCCUGCUGGCUGACCUCGCAAAGCACGAAGAAGGCCAAUCGGAGAGCCAGCCUGCUCUUAAAAUAGCGCACCAGACCAUCAAAGACCUGCAGGGCCGACUUGACAAAAAAGAGGAGGUGGUAAAGAAAUACCAGAACCAGGUGGCUCAAGCCAGACAGGACCAGGAGGAAAUGAUAAAGAGACAUCAGGAGGAGCUCAAAGUGUUGCACCAGAAGCUGGAUAUGCACUCUGACAGCUCUCUGGACCAUUUCAAACUGACAGCUCUAGAGCUGAUGAAGAAGCCAAACAUCAUGGUGCCGACAUCCAAACACCUGGAGCGUCUGGCCGAGCUGGAGCAGACGGUGGCUGAACAGGACAUCUCCCUGUCCUCGGUGACAGAGAAGCUGAGGCUGACCGCCGCUGAGCUGGAACGUCAAAAGACCGCGAUGGAUACACUGGCUAAGAAACAUACAGAUGAGAAGUCAAAGUUGGAGGAGUACCACAGCGCCCAGUUGAAGGCUGUGACCAGUGAGACCGAGGAUCAGAGGAGCCAUGUGGCCCAGAUGGAAAAGGAGAUGAACUAUCUCCGAACUGAACUUGAGGCCCAGAAGGAAGCAAAUGUACGCUCCCCCAGCAACACCAUGAAAAACCUGGUGGAACGGCUGAAAUCACAACUGGCCCAGAAAGAGAAACAGCUCAAGGCUCUCAGUAAAGCUCUGUUAGAGCUGAGGGCUGAGAUGACUUCUGCUGCAGAGCAACAAGUCAUAGCCAGUGCUGCACAGAAAGAGGAGAGUCUCAACGUGCAGAUGUUGGUGGACAGACACACCAAAGACCUGAAGGCGCACGUGCAAGAGCUUAAUGAAGAACUCCAAGUCGCCAAGGACAACGCCAAGGCAGCACGAGGCCGAGAGAACACCCUGAAAGAGGAAGUGGACGGGCUGAACCAGGAGCUCCAGAGGAGUCAAAAGACCCAGAGACGCCUGCAGGCUGAAAAAGAGGAGAAGGAAGAUGAGAUCAAAGAACUGAAGCAACAAAUCAAGAGGCUCAGCAGUGCGCUUCAGAAUCAACCAGAAUCGGAUGUCAAGGGUGCAACCUUUGAGAAUCUGCACAAGAAGAUCAGGAGGCUGGAGUCCGACUUGGAGAAGAGAGCAGAAAUAAAUAACGUCAAAGACGACCAGCAAAAGAGCAAAGAUGAAAUUGUGCGAUGGGAGGAGGGUAAGAAAUGGCAGACCAGGAUGGAGAAGGUGAAGAAUGCACUGAAGGAGAAGGAGCGGGAGAACGAGUACUUGUCAAAGCAGCUGAGCACUCUUAAAGACCUCUAUACCAGACUAGAGCAGGAGAAGACCAUCCUGCAGAAGAAGCUGAAAGCUCGAGGCGUGACGGCUGAUCAGGUGGUUGGAGUGAGAUCAGCUGAAAUCGAGAAGGAGAUGGAGGAGCUGAAGCAGAAGAACUCGGCUCUGGAGAUGCAGAUCCUCACCAUCAAACAGCACCAGGCUUUACCACGCGACAGCGCUAUGGAGAACCUGACCCAGAGGAACCGCUACCUGGAAGAGAGACUUCACUCCUUAGAAAGUCAGAUCAGCAAAGAAUCUGCAUCAAGACCUUCGCCAAAACGUUCCCCUACCCGCUCUCUGAAAGACUUUAGUUCUGUCACUUUUGAUGUUGCUGAUGGGCCACAGAAGGGGAAUGCACGACCUGCUGAGUCCCGCAACAGCUCCAUUAGCCCUAAAACCGGCUGGCGACAGCAAAAACUGGACAGAUCUAGCCCUUAUGUGUCGGGGAGCACAGACGCUCGUCCACCAGAUGAUCGUGUUCGUGACCAGAUGCAGACAGAAGCACAUGAGCAGGAAGAAAGAGACUCACCUUCAGGAGCACAGACCACAAGAAAACGUUGGCCCAGUGAUCCAUCAAAAAGACCUAGAUCUGUUACGGCUUCUUCUGCUGAAACUGAGCAUAAAGAAGCUAUUAGCAACACAAAUGUUCGAGAGACAGGCGAUCGUGGUGAUGAUGAUGUGAGAAUCAAAGCGGAGGAAGCUGAGGGACAGGUAGAGGCAAAGGACAAAGAAGAGGAUGAAAGUACAAAAGAUGCAGCGGGAGAGGAUGAUCCACAGCGGUUGAGUUCAGCAGUGUCAGAUGUGGAUCCAGGAAAAUGCACUGAGCGAAUGAUCAAUAAAAGUAGAGACGGUGCCGCAAGGAAACAUCAAAGCAGAUCUCAUAGAUGUGUGAAGACGUCCGGACGAGGGACUGGAACUCCAUCACAGAGAGACCACGACCUCCAGAAAGAAAACCUCAAACUGGCCUCGGAGAACUUGGAGCUCCGCUUUCAGCUGGAGCAAACCAGUAAAGACCUGCCACGACUCAGGGAUCAGGUUGCAGAUCUGAAGGAGAUGUGCAGCGCACUGAAAAGGGAAAAGGCCGAACUGGAUAAAAAGCUGGCACAUAUACGAGGAGCUGGAUACAGCGGGAAAACAGUACCUGAGCUGGAGAAGACCAUCGGGCUGAUGAAGAAGGUGGUGGAACGGGUCCAGAGGGAAAACGAGACACUGAAAAAAACCAGUGCAGCUGGAAAUCAGGACAAAAUCACCACCUUGGAGAAAGAGUGUGAAAAACUGAAGGCUGACUAUGAGAAGUUGAAGAGCGAAAGUGAAGCCCGGCUGAGCUCCAAACUGGAGUCUAAAACCAAAGGACUGGAGAAAAUAGCGAUGGAAAAUGAACGGCUGCGAAAGGAGAUCAAGAGGGAGGUGGAGGCUGCAGAGAGGCUGAGAGCAACCAAGAUGAGUCUGGAGGUGACAAAUGAGAAGCUGGAGGCCGAGCUGGAGGAAACCAAAGAACGGCUUCGAGCUGCUCUGACACGACCUGUCACAGAGGGAACAGACGGCCGGAUGUUGAAGGGAACUGUGGUGAGCAGGAUGUUUGAGAAUAAGAUGAAGGAGCUGGAAGAGCAGCUGUCCCAGAAGACGUCCAGGGUGUCAGAGCUCAAACAACAGCUGAAGGAGGCGAAUGAACGCGACGACAAACGAGAGGCCGACGUCCGACGCCUUGAAGACCAGGUUGACAUAUUAAGAAGUUUUCCUGCUGGUGUGAAGACCGACACAGAUCUCGCAAAGGAGUUUCAGACAGUGAGGUUGGUCAAAGCCGAGCUGGAGAAAGAGAACGCCAAUCUGAAGCGAAAACUGAACGAGUACAGCCAGCGAUGCGGCGAGACGUCGACCAGACAAGAUUACGGGAAGCUCAAAAACCUCCUUCAAGCGGCUGAAGUGGAGAAGGCGCAGCUGCAAAGCCAAAUCCAAAAGCUAAGGAAGGAGCUAGAGAGUUUCGAUCCGACAUUUUUUGAGGAGAUCGAAGACUUGAAGUACAACUACAACCUGGAGGUGAAGAAGAACAUCCUCCUGGAGGAGCAGCUGAGGAAGGUGUGUGACCAGUUUGGGGUUGAGGCUGAACUGCCCAGUGUUUCCGUCAGUUAAACUCAGGGCCUUUAGAUCCCACCCAGCAGUUACUUUACAUUCAUCAGCCUGUUAAGAACCAAAUGGAACUAGACAAACUGGAGAAACACCAACUGUUUCCUGCAUCUGUCACUGUCAGGUACAAAAGCAGACUUCAUCUGUUACUGCUGCAUCUGUCAGUGCUUUGCAUUCUGAAUAGAUUUUUUAAUUAAUAGUUUUUUACAUGAAAAGGUAGAACGGUGACAAAAGCCCUUUUUCUAUUGACCCUCAAAUUGCGCAAAUAUAACUUGCGCAUAAAAAUUUACCUAAUGGAAAAACGACAAUUUCGCCAAAACUCUCAUUUGCCGAUUAAAAGUUUUCGCGCUGGCAGGUGGUUUUUCAGGCAUAGCACAAAUGG